CUCCUUCAAACUCCGAAGCAUUCAAAAGGAGAAAAGAUAAGGAAAUCCACAAUUUGAUCAGAAGAAAUGUCGUGGCAAACUUACGUCGAUGAACACCUGAUGUGCGAUAUCGACGGCCAACAUCUCUCGGCCGCUGCUAUCAUCGGCCACGAUGGCAGUGUCUGGGCCCAGAGCUCUACCUUCCCUCAGUUCAAGCCUGAAGAGAAUGCUGCCAUCAUGAAAGACUUUGAUGAACCUGGGACUCUGGCUCCAACUGGAUUGCACCUCGGUGGCACAAAAUACAUGGUUAUCCAGGGAGAGCCUGGAGCUGUGAUUCGUGGAAAGAAGGGCUCUGGUGGUAUCACUGUGAAGAAAACUAGCCAAGCUCUGAUUAUUGGCAUAUACGAAGAGCCUCUGACUGCAGGACAAUGUAACAUGAUUGUUGAGAGGUUGGGGGAUUACCUCAUUGAUCAAGGCCUUUAGGUCUGAUCAUUGCUCCACAGAUGCCAGGCUUUGGGUCUGGGCUUGCGUAUGGCUGUGGACUGGCAUUAGUUUAAUAACCUGUGAUCAAAGUGUUCUUAGUGUCAUAGGCUUAUUAUUUUCCCCUAAUUAUCCUUAUUCAGGCCGAGUAUUUAUUAUGCUCUCCUUUAUUUCUGGUGAAGUUUGAGUUUGCAUAUUUGAAGCUUGCAUGUUGUUGGCUUGGGUUUGGGUUUUAUAUCAUACAAGAUUAAAAAGAAAAAGAAAAAAGAAGAGGGUAUCUUCUUGAGUUUGAGAUAUAAGACUAGGUUUUUCCAUAAUAAAGUUGUCUAGCUGGCUUCUUCCA